AUGGAGCGACUCCCCGAAUACUACUCGCACGACGAAACCGUCGAAGGCAUUACAUCGUUCUACGAACUUAUGCUGCGAAUUCACGGAGAGGAUAUGGCAAUCCUAGAACGUCCGCCGCCAACUGGCUGGCCGCAAAUUACGGUCGAGUCCUUUGCUGGCCUCGGUAAAACAGAAGAAGUUAUCAAACUCUUGCGACAUAUUCCAUACUUGGUGACUGGCCCUGAUGCAGUUCCCUGUAUCUUGGAGUCCACUAGCCCAAUCGAAUACAUCGACACGCAGUUUUGUGAGGAAGUCAAAAAAUUGCCUCCCGUUGAACCUCUUGAAGACGACACUGAUGAGAGACUACCCGGGCACAUCCUUCGUUUUGCAGAAGGCAGACGUGAUGGCUAUACUCUUCUCAUUGACACUAGGCGUGGAGUUGUGGUUUUAUGGAAGAAUGACGGCAAUCUUCCUCGUUGGACUGGAAAUUUCGAUGCGGACUUUUACGACGAAAAUGAAGACCCGUAUGGAAAAGAUGGAUGGAAGUGCAUGCCUACCUACCGCAUCAAAACAUUCUUCGAUUUUUGCAUGGAGCAAUAUCUGGUUCUGAACUGGCUGCCGGAUCUCGUUAGCGGCGGUGUGAUUCAGAUAGAUGAUCCUGCAUCACCUAAUGAGAGCCAGUUGAAGAGAAGGCAGAUCAUGAUAGAUGCCGGAUGGCCAGGUGUUGAUGGGCAAGGAACUGAGUGGGACAAGAAGAAGGCGAUGAGGGAAACGGAAGAGGCUCAAGAUGCAUUUGAAAUAUGA